GAAUAAAAGAUAUUUGUAUUAAAACUCCGAUGAUAGCUUAAGAGGAGGAAGCGAGGCCUUUUUUUUUCAAAUAAACCUUACUCACACUUAAUACAAAGACGGAUGUCAGAUAGCGAAGAAGAAUACGGUCCUCUUGCUUCUACUUGGGGUGACCAAGCAAAAGAGUCGCCACCAAAAGGAUGGGACGCUUUACUCGACCCAAACAUCAAAAUAGGACCCAAUGAUCUAGGCAGUGGUAAUCUCCACAGAAAAGGAAAAAACUUUAAGCCUAUCGACGAAGAGCUCAUUCUUGCCCAAAGAAAGCAUAUUCAAGUACCCAAAAAGAAGAUGCAGGAAGCAAUUCGAAAAACAGAACAGGCGCUUGGUUUACCAGAAAGUACACGUUCCAAUGGCACCAAAAAGAAGCCCAUGAACAAGAAAUCUACCUUGCCUAAACAAACAAAAUCAGCCGUGUUCUCUACACUGCGAGCACCACCCCCAAACCCAUCGAAUUGGUCUCAGUCAGUGUUAGUCGAUACGCCUUUUUGGGAACAGUCAGAGAAAACUAUGCCUCGACAAGAAAAUAAAAAGGAAGAGAAACAAUCAAGUUGGGCAUCCACCAUGGCAGAAAUCAAUGCAGAUAGUAACUGGGGCGCUCUUGGCUCUGUUAUUUCGAAAAAGACGCCACAAGAGACACCGAAGGAAACAAAGGAAGAGACUGAUUCAUGGAACAAUAAUCAUUGGGGAACAGAAACAAGUUGGAAUGCAAGCACUGGUUGGAAUGAUACUGCCACUACUAAUACUACUACCGCUACUAAUACUACUACUACCAUUACUAUCACUACUUUAAAUGACAACACUAAUAAUAACAAUAUACCUUCAGACAGACCCUCUUGGCUUAAUUCCAUACCCAACCAAGAUGCGGAUAGCAAAUCUCGAUUCUCAAAUCCAUCGAAACAGAGAUAUUCAGAUUAUUCUGCACCAGAGUUACCAAAGCCAGUCAAUUAUCAAGGCGGUCGACGUCCCAUGAUACCAACCGAAACUGCCCCUCCUCCUCCCCCACAAAAUAGUCUGUUGGUCACUGUGAAUGUAGAAUUGUCAGCCAGUCUGAAGGUACCUGUGCCUAUUCGAGAACUGGACGAACCAGAAAAAUUGGCUCAGGCAUUUGGCGAGAAAUACAAUGUGAAUAGACCAAACGUGAUUGCUGCCCUAAGCAAAUUAUUUAGCUCACAAAAGGAGCUUGCAGUAAAAAAGAAGCAACAGAAAUUGCAACGACGUGUGCCCAACUAUCCCAAAUCACCCACUCUAUCCAACAAUGUAUAUAAUUCAUAUCAGUCAUCUCUUUAUUCUACAUACUCUACUCAAUACAGACCUCAGCCAGCACCUACAAGAUCUUCAUUUCAAUACUACUAAUUUUGUUCAUGCUGGCCAAGAAUAAAUUUAAACUUCAUUUUUUUUUUGUCUUCACUUGAUUUGGGGCCUAUGAUAGAG